GAACUAUACGAGCACGAGAUGCCUGAUGAAGAUUUCGAUGUCGGAGCUACUACAGAUCUAAAUCCAGCUUUGUUAGCUAUACGCGAGAAUCUCAAGAGUAGUCAAAGGCAAACUGCUGGAGUUACAAACAGAGGCCCUGAGAAUGCACACAUAAAGUGCAAGAUAUUACAAUCGGUAACGGAUGUAGAAGUACAAGUCGGAAGUUCAGAUCACUCGACGUUGACUUUCCCAGCGACACAAAAAACAUUCAAAUAUAGACGUUCAGAAAGUUUCGAAACUAUGUUCAAGUAUCUUGCCAAACUACUUUGUACGGAUCUUGAAGGUGUUGUUAUGACGUAUGAAGGACAUAGAGUGUUUACAGGCGCCACACCUGAAUCAUUAAAUAUAUACGAUGAAGCUGAUAUGGAAGCCAUGACAAUUGAAACAUACCAGAAGAUAAUGCAGGAGAAGAAACGGAAACAGCUAGACAACGUCAACAAGGCUCGACUUGAAGAGGAAGAAGUGCGAAAGAAUAAACUUGAGCAAGAGAGACUGGCACGUGAGGAAGAGAUAGAAAGGGAGAAUCAAAAUAACAAUGUUGAUGGUAGUUCCGACGUUGAGUUUGUCGGUGUUACGCAAGAACAUAGGAGGGAAUUUACUCCGCCAGCUACAUCUAACAUACCUAAUAUGUCGUCACCUAAUAGAAUUAGACUUACACUUCGAGGGGCAAAUAGGAAUGAAGAAUACAAAAUCCAAAUAAGCAAAGAGAAGAAAUGUACAGUAUUACUCAAUUCUUUCUUAACCUAUUUCAAAAUAGACCAAGGUCGAAAUAAUUCGUAUAAACUUGACUUUGAUGGUGAAAAGUUGGAUCUUGAUACUGCAAUUCAAGACACGGACCUUGAAGAUGAAGAUCUGAUAAGUGUUAUUAAAAAUGCAACCUAAUAUCUAAUUAUUCGUUUCGCAAAUUGCAAUGUUGUAAAACAGCUUAAAUUAUCUUAUUGUAAUAGAUAAAUUGUGUAUAAAUAAAUACAAAAC